AUGACCGAAACCUCCAAGCCGAUAGUAGCCCUCCUGAAAAAAGCGAAUCGGUUUCAAUGGACAGAUGAAUGUGAAGUCUCUUUCCAACUAUUCAAGCAAAGACUCGGCACCCCGCUCGUGUUGGCCAAGCUGAUCCCCGGCCGAGAAGUAAUUCUGUACUUGGCGGUUUCCGGUGAAGCCAUCAGUGUCGUCAUGGUACAGGAAGAAGACGGCAAGCAACGACCCAUAUACUUCAUUAUCCGGGUGCUGCAAGACACCGAACACCGAUACCAACUCUUAGAAAAGGUAGCCUUGGGACUCAUAUACGCGGCUCAGCGCCUUCGACAAUAUUUACAGAGCCACACAGUGGUUGUCCAAACUGAUUGCCCAAUUGCCAAAGUGCUAAGAAAGCCUGAAUUGGCCGGCCGAAUGAUGGCAUGGUCAAUCGAAUUGUCUGAGUUCGAUAUUCGUUUCGAACCUCGAGGUACCAUUAAAUCACAAUGCUUGGCCAAUUUCCUGAAUGAACUAUCCCCACCUGGGCAAUUUGAAGACGGCACCUGGACCAUGCGCGUGGAUGGAUCCUCCAACUGCCAAGGCAGCGGUGUCGGUAUCAUCUUAGAGAGCCCGUCUGGUAUUACCCUGGAACAAUCUUUGCAUUUCGGCUUCAAGGCAUCCAACAACCAAGCCGAAUACGAAGCUUUGUUAGCUAGAAUGAGAUUGGCAGCCGAGAUGGGCGUCAGAAAGAUCAUAUGCUGGACCGAUUCAAAGGUUGUGACAAAACAAGUGAUCAACAACUUUCAAGUCAAAGACCCCAAUCUGCUCAAAUAUUAUCAUCUUUUCUGGGGAAUGAGCAAUCAGUUCACGAAAAUCCAAGUCAAACACACGCUGCACGGGAAUAAUGAGAGAGCCGACCAGUUGGUAUGGCUAGCAAGUAGUCGCAAGCCGGGACAGCUCCGAUCAACCAUACACUUGGAGUUGUCCACCCCAAGUGUCACACAGGCAUGCAUACCGAUAGACGAAGUCCCGAAGUCAUGGAUGACCGAACUCAUGAAUUUCAUUGUCAGUGGAACAGAACUGCUCAAGCCGAGUGAAGCCAAGAAGCUACGCACACAAGCAGCGCGGUACUCGGUUAUCUCAGGAGAGCUUUACAGGAGAGGCUUCUCCACCCCUUUGCUAAAAUGCAUCGACCCACAACAAGCCGAAUACAUCAUGCGAGAAAUUCAUGAAGGGAUCUGUGGCUCCCAUUCCGGGGGUAGAAUGUUGGCAACAAAAGUCUUAAGAGCCGGUUAUUAUUGGCCGACCUUGAAAAUAGAUUGUCCCAAGUACGUGAAGAAGUGCAUACAAUGUCAACAACACGGCCAUCUUAUACACGCCUGA